GACGUCCUCCUGGCUGCGCUUCUGAGCUGCCGCAGCAGUGGGCUGCGUGCGGCUAGGGUCGGUGUGACCGAUCGCUCUAGCCUCCCGGUUCUCGGCGCCAUGCAGCCUCCUGCGCUACUCUGCGCGCUGUGCUGCGGCCUCUUGGCCAUGGCCGCCAGCGCAGGUUAUUCGGAGGACCGCCGCAGCUGGAAAGGCAGUGGCCUGGCCCAAGAGCUCGGCAGCGUGGGGAGGCUGGCCCUGGCCUGUGUAGAGUUCGGGACUGAGUGGCUGUACCUGGCGGGCGCGCUGCGCUUGACCCUGGGCUCCGAUUCCAGCGCGCGGGCUCGCAUUGCCUGCCUGCGGGCGGCGCAGCCCUUUGCUGGCGCCCAGGUCUUCGUGGAGCGGGCGGGCGGCGCCCUGGAGCUACUGCUGCUGGCUGAGGGCCUGGGCCCAUCCGAGGGCCGACGCAUGCGCUGGGGUCCCCGCGAGGGUAGGGCUUUCUUCCUGCAGGCCACCCGGUACCGCGACAUCAGCCGCCGCGUGGCCUCCUUCCGUUUCGAGUCGAGCAAGGACAGGCGUCCGGAGCUGCCUCUGCAGGCCCACGGUCUAGGAGCGGAUGGUGCUUGCAGGCCCUGUAGCGAUGUGGCGUUCCUCUUGGCCUCAUGUACCAGCAACUUUGUGAUCCAUGAGACCAUCCACAGGGUUGUCCAUGACAUGGAACUACAGGAGUCCAUUAUCACCAUUACAGUUGCCCGUUUCUCCACCAGACUGCCACUGUUCCAGAUGGGGGGCUCUGGGAGCCAGGUGCAGGCCUCCAUUUGCACCCCACUACACUGCGGUGUCAGCCCUGGCCCUGAAACUUUCCUCUUCAUGGGCCAGAGCUGCUUUGGUGAGGCCUGGCUUGGCUGUGCACCUGCAUGCCUAUGCAGCUGCCCAUGCUGACCACCUUCAUGCCUGUGAGGUACUGCUGGACUGAGGGAGCCUGGGAGCAGGGCUUCAGGGAGGGGCCAGGAGGACGGUGGUUGGGAGGGGAUGGCCUCCAGAGGGCAUCACAGUACCAAUUGCUUCUGAGUGAAUAGUCAUAACUAAUAAGAACAUUGAUUUCACUAGCUAACAUAGGUCAAGUGUCCUGUGCCUGAGCCCAGCCCUGGAACUGCUCUGAUUCCUACUUUACUCAGCAGGAGGCCUUGUCUAAUGCCAAGCCAGCUAGUGAAUGAGACAGCAGCCCAUGCCCAUGCUCCGAGGAGAGGCUGCUGCUAAGUGGGAUGUUCCUGCAACCUCCUACCCACAUGAGCCUCAGCUCUGUUGCUCCUGUUCCAAAUGCUGGGCACUUCCUCAGCUCAGAGUGGGAGUGGAAAAUGGGCCAUAACUCCCAAAGUCUGAGGCAGGUCGUGUCCCUUUUGGGGGCAGGAAGGCCAAUAUCACUUUCACCCUGGGAGGAAAGGGGUUGCAAUCUGGUGGGAUACUGAUAUCCCUCUGUGGUCUGCUGGGAGCUCAGCAGAAUCAUUCCGGUCCUGUCCUGCUCUUGGAGAAGAAUAGGCCCCUCUGUCCUAAGGCCCUUGUGACCCCUGUGGCAUGUGGAGCAUCCUGACAUCGUGUGGAACCCGUGGGGUAUGAGUCACUCCUGUGGGGUCCUGCUUGUUGCCCGUUUUUGGUGGGCAGGGACGUACAACGGGGCCUCUAAGGAGCAUUCCUUGCCACUGGCCCCAUUGUUGCUGUCCCCGCCUUCCUCCUCAGCUUCAGCCACAGAAAGGGCCAGUGGUUCUGGACAAAGCUGGCGGCCUGAGGCUGAAAGCCCCUGGGAUGCCAGGGCUUCUGAACCUUGAAUGAGCUCAUCUUGCUCACCCUAACUUCACAGCUCCUGGAAAAGAGAGCCACAGCUUAAGUCUGGGGGGGAUGCCUGGGCUGAGCCCUAGAAACAGCUUCCCAUUCUCACCUGCUUUCUUUGCUGUUGAAGGGGCCAAGGGUGCAGGUGGAGGCCAGGGGUCCUGCCAUCUUUCAGGCAGCAACUGAGGCUGUGCAGGGCUCACACAUAGGACCCCUUCCUCUGGACACUCUGGGGACACUCUGGACUUCCCACAGGAUGGCUUUCUGAAGCAGCACGUGUAUGGGGGAGUCCUUUUACUUACUGCUGGCUAAUGAGAAUUACAGGGUUGGGGCGAGCACAGCCACCCUCCAUGGGAGGCCCCUCUGGGCUUCCUGCCCCUCUCCUCCUGAGGCUUCUUGCCACUCCCUUUCACCUCCCCAAACUCUUGGCUAUAAAUACCAUCAGCGUGCUACUGAGCCCUACAUUUUGGUCUCCAGCCUAGACCUCUCCUGAACUGCUGACCCUAGCAUCCUGUCAGUCCUCCUUUCCCACAAGGGAAUAUCCCAGUAAAGACCAGAGGAGGAGGAAGUAAGGGCACCCUGACUGGUUUCCUCCUCCCUGUCUUGGGCAGGCCCCAAGGAGGAUACUCCCAGGGCUGAGCAGCACCCUCACCCUUGGCCCUGCCCUGAUUCUCUGGUUAGCUCUCCACAGCCUCUCAUUCAGAAAGAGGCCCUGCCACACUUAGUGGUGACUGGACUGCCUCUUGGACCACCUGUCCACAAAAAUGUAGGGCAGCUGCUCUGAAGUUGGCCCUAGGCUGGGUAUUGGCCUCUACCUACCUUCCCUAGGACAUACCUGAGCCUCCUAUGCACACACUGGCUGCAACCAGCACUCCUCCCAGAGGUGCACGAAGGGCAGAAGUGAGUAUGGCUAACAGGGCCACUGGAACCCUGGAAGUCAGGCCAGGGGCUUUAUGCCUGCCCUGAGGGGGUGGCUAAGGGUAACUGGUGCAAGCUGGAGCUAUGGGAGCUGGCCUUCAGGGCACCUGUGGGGCACCUCUGGGCAUGUGCAUUCACAUGGCAUGCACCGACUGUCCAGUGCCGACAGGCCAAGGAGCAGAGUGGCGAAUGUCAACAGGAGUCGUGGGGUAUGUAUGCUGGGAAGCCAGUUAGGUGCACGCAUUUAGUAAACAAGCUUUUACUGAGUACAUCUUGGUGUCAGGUGCUGCUCUAGGCACUGGGGAUAAUGAAGGAACAAGAGACAAGUGCUGUGUAGGAUUCCCCCUAGCUUAGAGCCCAGGGCACAGCCUUCCUUUCUGGGUAGGGCCCUGUGACAGCCCCAAGGAAACGGGAUGCUGAGCCAGGUGGAGCUGGCUCUCCUCUCCAGGGCUCAGGUCUUGGUAGCAGGGCCCUGGGGUUUCCUGCCAACCAGGGACACCUGUCUUUCAGGUCUGGUGGCAACUGAGGCCUAGUGUGAGCAGUUAUGUGAGGCACUUUGUACUUGGGGGUUGGGAGCAGAGUUUUGGGUGUGCCCAGUGUCUGAAGCACUCCCUGUCCCUGCUGGGGCUCCUGACCAGCGUUAUGGAUGGCUGAGUAGCCAGGCCAGGGCCUGUGUUCAGACAAGCCCCUGACAUUUAUGGCCAUUUGGUGGGGUGACGAGGAGGUCCUAGCUCUAUAUUCCCACUUUCCUAUCCUAUCCCCAGGCUUUGACAGGUCACCUCCAAGAACUCAAUUUCUUUUUGACGUUUUGUGGAGAAGGAAGGUGGUCUCAGCUCCUGGGGGCUCUUUCUUUAACUACCAUGGCAGGGCCGACUGCCAGAAGCCCUGGCCCCUCACAUUUGGCUUCCUUUCCACCAUACUCACAGGGAGCCAACAUGUGUCUUCUUGGGUCUACUCAAUCUCUUCUUCAUGUCAGCCCCCUCCUCUCUGUCCCUUAGCUGAGUUCUAACUUCCACCAUCCUCUCUCCCUUAGACCCCAGCGCAUCCUGUUUCUUGCCCACUUGGGCUUAUGGCUUUCAGCCAGAGGGAGCAACUGCUUCUAGGCUUGGCUGAUUUUUGCGGUGUCCUGAUUGGCAGAGACCCUUUCUAGUCUCUCUGAGACAGCGCUGUAUAUGGCCUGGCUGUGACCCAGGGUGACCAGGCCUGGAGGCUAUCCCACCUCCAGUGAGCCCCUUUCCCACUGUCAACCUUAAAAAUAAAAUAGCCAGUUAUUUUACCA